AUGGCUCUGCCUCGAGCCAAAAAGCGCUCGGCCACUGUCUUCUCUCGUGAUGAAAUCGGCGUCGAGCAGCUGCAGUCGCUCAAGGAAAAGUUUGCGGAUGGAGACUUGAACGAGAAAGAGUUCGUGAGUCUGUUCCGCGAGAUCGUCGACGCCUCACUCAGCGAGACUCAACUCACAGAAUUAUUCCAGAAAAUCGAUGCAAAUUCCGAUGGAACGGUGGACUGGGAUGAACUCACCAACUACAUGUUCCUCAGCGGCAGUGGCAGUGACGAAUACACUGGCGACGAUGGAAAUUCCUGCUACGACACUGCGUACCCUGAGAAAUACGCAGGCGAUAGUGGCAAUGGCUCUGGAGGCACGGGGUCUUCCAUUGCGACGGACAUUAUGGGCAACGUCACAGGAGGAAGUGGCGGCUUCCUCAGUCUAGGCUUGUUGCCUCAUCAUAAGGACGUGAUCACUCGAAUAGUGCGCUUAGAACGACCCAGCGUCUACCUCACGACCAGUAAAGACGGCAGUGUGCGAACGUGGAGUGCCAAUACUCUGGCUCCCCAGCAAGUCUUAGCUUCCGGUCGUGACUGGCUCACAGACUGCUGCGUCAUGAAGCGCUCGAAUCGUCUGGCAUGCAUCCCGUUGUGUCUCGCGUACGUUGAAAGACCCUCGGACGAUCGGGAAGCCAUUGUGAUCGGAGACGACACUGGCGGCAUCUCGAUCUUUACGUGCUCGAAUCAGUGGCUAUCGUGUGAUGGCCGCUCCCCUCCCCCUGGCGCUACUACCGCAGCGAACUCUACCAACGGUGCUAGCAACGGAAGUGGCGUUAGUCAAGGUACAGUUAACUCAGGACCGACCCCACCUUCAGGAUCUACCACCGGGAAUAGCGCUGGGAAUACCCAGACAGCUACACCGACGAGCAACUCCAGUUCUGUUGGAGGAAAUCCUGCGGGUAGUGCGAUGCUGGAAGCUCAGGGCUUUUCGUCGCGUGUCAAGUUCCAGAAGCACACGGACUGGAUCACUCGAGUUAAGUGGGUCAACGACAUGCGCGCUGUAGUGGCGACGUCGCUGGACGCCACCGUGUCAAUCUUGGAUGUCGAUCGACUGGUGGUCAAGUUCGAGUACACUCGAGCAUCGCAAGGGAAUAUCUCCUCUAGCACUAGGAAGGCUAAACUACGCGGUGGUACUCCCGUGGAGCGUCCUGUGCGUCUGGCCUGCUACAACAGCGUGUUUCAUCAGGUAGUGACGGCUGCGAUGGACGCGGAGUCUGCCAUUAAGACCUGGAGCGCAGAAACCGGAGAAGAAAUCUCAAGCUUCGCACGUCCGCACGACUCCAAUCCAGUGACCAGUAUCGCCUUUGACCAUGCGGGACGACGUCUUCUUACCGGUUCACACGACGGCGAGCAACUCAAGAUGUGGAAUUUCAGCAACGGCGCAUUGGUGAAGCAAUUCCACAAGAAAGAACCCCAAGUCGUGAGCUCUUUAUUGUUCACGACUACACCUGCCACAGCUGGAACAGUUGCCAGCACUGCGCCGCUACCUGACGAUCCGUCUGGAAGCUCUGACGAAGCUGCUGCGAUGACCAAUGCGCCUCGAAAGCGCAAGCCACGGGACAUUAUGCUGCUGCCAGCAUCCUUCGGGAUGGACCACGAAGGUCGACGAGGCAACUCUGCGUUGAUGGCGCAGACGGAACUGCCGUCUCCGACACGAGUGCGUCUCCAGCAAGGCCAAGAGCACCCGACACCAGUCCCUCCACUCAACUCAACGCCUCGAGCUCAACCUGGAGACACUGCGUCAAGUCCCAGACCUCCACGAACCACUCGAGAGCCCGAGACGUCUCGCUAUCGACAACACGAAGUGACCAGCAUCAUGGACAUCGAACGCAACUUGCGUGUAGGUAUGGGGGACUUUAUCUGCCAGAGAUUCGUGUGCUGCGUAGGCUGGGACCGUCAGCUCUUCGUCUGGGCUGACAAAAACGACGAGUCCGAGUCACUACCAGUGCACAUUCUACCUCCAGAUAGCGACGACGACGACAGCGAGGAGUUAGAAUACGCAAGACGCGGCAGACGACGUCGUAGACGACAGCAUCACACGAUGGAUGUGCUCGCGUUGGCUUGGUAG